CUUGGAUUUGACCUGCAACAUAUGUGUUGAAUUUGCCAACGGCGGUCACUGCUCGGUUCUACCUCUACAACGGUCUGGUCGGCAGCGUUACCAUAUUCUUUCAACCUUUUCUUUUGGAUAUUCAUCAAUCGCCCCAGCAUAUGCAUUCCCUCGCUUGUUAUCAUUCAUUGACUUCGACCCCCGACUCGACCUAAUCAUCCCCAGAUCCUCCUCACUCCCCCCGUGUACGAUGCAUUAAUGCAUAUCCGAAGCGAUAGGCCUGCUCGGAAGCUGAUGGGGCUUGGUGCCAUGUGUGAAAACUCUUGCUGAACGAUUAUGGCUACUGCACUCAAGAACAAUGUCGAAGAUACAAAGCAGGCCGCUUUGUCUCCUCGGCUCAAGGGUCGAGAAAAUGCAAAAGAUACACUGUGUCGGAAUGUUACCAUCUAUGGCAAGUGCCGCUACGAAGACAAAGGAUGCGCUUUCAGUCAUAACAUAGACAAGCAUGUGGUGGACAGUGGACACAAUGAGAGCCAACCGAAGAAGACCUUAAACGUUGAAUCACCCAGCUUUACACCGUCAUUCUUGUCGCCAAAUGGUACCAGUGCAAGCGUUAAGAAAGCUCCUGGGAUAUCACCAAAGGCGGCAAGCGCUGCUCCAUUCAUGCCGAAAGCCAUCAUUUCCCGAUCCUCCAAUGCUACUCCUUUGCGUCAAGAAGCAAGGACUCCUGACUGGGCGGUGGCUCAAGUCCAAGAAUUUAUACCCCGUGCCACUCCAGAUCAACAUAUGGCAAACGAAAAUGAGAUUUCUGUCACCCAAGCAUUUGAAUCCUUUCAACCUGCAAAUGCAUCUAAUCCCUAUCUUGAUCAUAGCAUAAACGGCGCCGCUUUCUAUUCCGGGGCCCCUGAAUUUCAGCAACCGGUACAAUAUCACCAAUAUGCGCCUAUUGGCCCAUUCAGCGCAAAUCUUGCGCCAUAUCAACGUACUGUACACGAUCUAUUUAUUCCUAACGAUCUACGGGAGGAGAUCCAAAAGAAAGCCGCUGCAACUCUUCAAACGAUGCCCGGUUCAACACUACCGAGUCAGAUUGAAAACUAUCAUUCCUUGGUACCUCUUGAUGCCACCCACAAAAGCUCCUCCGUCCUUGGAAACUAUAACUCCUGGAUCUAUAAGGCCCAGUCGAAUGCAAACGGCCACUUUUUCGUCCUGAGAAGGAUAGAAGGCUUCCGCUUGACCAAUGAAAUGGCCAUUCGAGCUGGUCAGACAUGGAAAAGUGUGAUCAGUCCCAAUAUUGUACGGACUAUCGAUGUUUUUACCAAUCGCGGUUUCGGCGACAGCUCUCUCUUUUUUGCAAUGGAUUAUCAUCCCCUCGCCAAAACGUUGCUGGAGUAUCAUCAUAUAGGUCCACCCGGCCCAAACUGGACGCGGUCAACACGGACCAACAAAGAUCAAGUCUCAGAACCGGUCAUGUGGAGUUACAUUGUUCAGAUCGCAUCGGCCCUGAAGACCAUUCAUGCAAGCGAUCUGGCAGCUCGUGUGCUCGACCCAAGCAAAGUUUUGGUCACGGGCAAGAACCGAAUUCGACUCAACGGCUGUGGUAUCUUGGAUGUGGUGCAGUACGAUGGUGGCACCUUACCCAUUGCACAAUUGCAGAGGCAAGACCUUGUCAACUUUGGCAUCUUGGUCCUUUCGCUCGGGUCCGGAUUUCCUGAUGCAGGCGCGAAUUUUGUGCGUAGUAUGGACAAUUUCAAACGCUUCUACAAAGCAGAUCUGCAAAAUGCCGUCGUUUGGCUCUACUCGGCAGUUCAGAAUCAGGAGAAGACGAUUGACCAUUUUCUCACACUCAUCUCCAGCCAAAUGGUGAAAGCUUUCAAUGCUUCUCUCCAUAGCGAUGACGCAUUAUAUUCAGAGCUAUCGCGGGAGGUUGAAAAUGCACGACUGGUGCGACUUGUGACCAAAUUAAAUUUCAUCAACGAACGACCUGAAUUCGAGCACGACCGUGCCUGGUCAGAAAACGGAGAACGGUAUUUUCUGAAGUUGUUCCGGGAUUAUGUCUUUCAUCAGGUGGAUGGGCAAGGCCGGCCCGUAGUCGACCUCGGACAUGUCUUGACCUGCCUGAACAAACUUGAUGCAGGCACAGAAGAAAAGAUUACUCUCAUUAGUCGUGAUGAGCAGAGUUGUUUUGUGGUUACGUACCGUGAGGUGAAGAAAGGAAUCGAAUCAGCAUUCCAAGACUUGGUGAAAAGAGGAGGCCCAAUGCGAUAAAUGUGUGGUCGGGUACAUUUGAAACGCAGGAAACACCAAUGAGCAGGAAACCAUCAGUGCGACUUGUCAUGACAAGAAAUGAUCUGAUAUUUGCUAGUUUGGUUGAAGUAUGCCGAACGACUACUGUUUACAAGGAUUCAGGCCAUUGAGAAGUGCAGGUUUGACCCAAUUGAAUAUUGCGCCCAGAUAGAUGAGGACAACCAAAAAAAAAUCGUAAUCUCCCUUGCACGCAG